UCUGUCCCGUCUCAUAUCAUCUGCACUGUUGUACAGUAACCCUCCUUGUCGGCUCUCCCCUCGUGCUGUUGUUACAUCCACGAGGCCUCUUAACAUCAGACAACCCCACCUCCAUUCCACAUCCAUACGACAGACCUCUGCCCUAUCCUCGGACGCACCCCCUCGGGCAGACAAGACGCCACUCUGUUGUGAAUGCCGCCGUGAAAACAGAAUAACCAUUAGCUGUAUUGUUGGAAGUAAGCCCGGGCAACCCUCUUCCUGAAAUAGCUGGCUCUCAACGAAUAGAGAAGAGAACCCGUGCCACAGCGCUACAUUGCAUCUAUUCUAUCCCGUCUCUCACCAGGAAGCGCUCUCAGAGGCCACUUAGUAGGCUACUCAAUCUUGGGUCCGUUGUGGUUGGCAAGAUGACCCAGAUAUACACCCGGCCAAUCCCCGCGGCCCUCCAUGAACAACAGCCUUCAGUCUACGAGCGAAGAACUACCCAGGAUUCAUAUACCACCCCAGAGUCCCACAAGUCUUCAGCCCUCUCAUCAGGUCCUUACUCAGAGCGCCGGUACCAGAGAAAUGAUUGGGACCUGUCACCGCCGCACUCAAUAACGUCUGACCACAAGAGAGGGAUCAAUGAGGUCCCCGCUGCAAGAGUAGGAGACAUGUAUCAGACCCGGCCAGAGACGACCCAAAAUUCCCAGAGAGAACAGUUACCGCCUUUGAGCAGCUUGUUUGGCGGACCUACCCAGUCCCCAUACUCAGACCGACAGAGCCCUGUAUUCCCAGCUGUCUCUCCACUCGACCCUCGACAUCCAUCCACACCCGCCCGCCCAGAUCGGGCGUACGAUGCAUUCGCUUUCCAACGGCCAGCUACCUCUCAUCCGUAUCCGUACUCAAAACCAGAGCAGGUUGACAGACCUGGCUUCCAACCUCCUUCACUCCCUCCCCAAGUCGGGGGGAGACCAGAAUCACCUCGAUAUGAACCACGCUAUACUCCUCAAAAGACCACCAGGACGCAGCAAUCACCUGCUGUAAACAACUGGUCUCCCCAGUCUCAAACCUCUCGUCAAGAGCCCUUCUCGAGAGACACAUCUUCGUCUUUCAGGGCUCACGCUGACCAGUAUAUCCCGCAGCCACCGCCCCUGCAGAGACCCGAGCCAGAGCCCAGGCCGACAUUUAGAGAUUCUCAGGCCCCAGCAACGCUCAACUAUCCCCCCACUCCCGCCAGCACGGUGUCUGGGGAUGCAACCACGACGAAGGAUGGUCUGGGGCCGAAGAUUUGGACUGGGACUCAGUUCUUGCCACGCUUUGUCCGACAAGCGGAGGUCCCAGGGGAAGGAAUGUGUUAUUUCUACGACGAUGGGACGCACUGCAAGACGGUGAUCGAUGGAGAAGCGGUUAAUGCUCACUGGGGCGUGACGAAAGCAGGGAAGCCAAGGAAGAGGCUGGCAAUCGCGUGCAUUACGUGCAGGGAGAAGAAAAUCAAAUGUGAUCCGGACUAUCCACGGUGUGUGCAGUGUGAGAAGUUCGGGAGGGUAUGCAAGUUCAAGAACGCACCUCGAGGUGGCCAAGGCUCUCCAGAUACGCCACCGGCCGAGUCAGAGGACGUCACCCCACGGCCUACGUCGUCAAGAGCAGAGGGGGAAUCAUUCAAGCCUGAGAAGCGUGAGCAUAGCCCGUCUGCUUCUCCUCGACCGAUCUUGCGGCAGAUAACACCAGACUCCGAAGUCCACCGUGCAAAGCGUCAACGGAUUAGCUACGGUGACUUCACCCCAGUUGCAUCAGAAGCCUCUCCUCGACCGUCCCGCGAACCUCGCUCUCCCUCGACCCCGUGGGUCGAAGCGUUGGGCCCCAGUCCAAUGGAGAACAAUCUCCUCCAGGAUUGGCAGGUGAAUCCUUACAGCACACAUCCCGCUGUUGUCAGCGAACUCCUCUCCCUAUUCUACAAGUACUCGCCGGAACCCGCAGCCGGCUUGUUUCCAGAAGGCCCUUUCAGGUCGUGGGUCCUCUCUACCAGUGAUAGAUCACUCGACGAUCUGAUGAUCAUCUACACGUUGUUGGCUCUUGGGACAGUCUUCUCCACGAAGCCAGAACACAAAGCGCUUGGUAUUCGGUAUGCUGCAAUCUCCCGAUAUGCCUGUGACAACCGCCACUUUAGCAUCCAGUUGGUGCAUUCUCGUCUUCUCCUGGCCGUCUACUACUUCGCGAGCAACAACCCCAACGAUUCCUGGGAUUUCUGUGGAGGAGCGAUGAGAGCCGCCAGCGGAUUGAAACUCAAUGUGGAGAUUGAGAGAAGUGAUGAUGCUUUCCUCACAACAUUCCCUUACGGACUCAACCGCCAUGGAUAUGCGGAAUGCAGGAGACGGACUUUCUGGUGUUGCUACCUCAUGGACCGAUUCCACGGCUUCUGUUCUGGCCAUCUCAGCCUGGCGCACUCUGAAGACGUCUUCUUACGACUCCCUUGCGAUGCGGAGAGUUUUGACGCCCAGGUCGAGACGCAGAGCCCGUUCUUUGACCCAUAUGGCUCUCCAUCUCCGAGUCCCAACGGGAAGAUGGGCUCUCUGGCAUACCUGAUCAUCGCCACCUCCAUCUGGGGCGACGUUAUGGCGAAUAUCUACCGCACAUCGCAGAGCCGCACUGCUCCAGCGAACAGUUCUGCAUUCAUGGCAUUCUACGACAAGACGACGCAGCGGCUGCGGGAUUGGAAAGACUCCCUCCCAGAACACUACACCUUCUCUACCGAGAACCUGAAGCGUGAAGAGGAGAAGGCCAAGCUAGGCACCUUCAUCGGCAUGCACUCCAUCUACCACACCGCCUACAUGAAACUCAACCGCUAUGUCCCACGCUCCAUGCUCACCCCCGCCCAACUCACCCACCACGUCUCCCUUGCCACCCAACACGCCGAAGACCUCCUCCUAAUCAUGGACGCCGUCGCCUCCCGGCGCGCCUCGCUCCCCCGGCCCCCGAGCCCCUCCGCGCCCCUCGCAGCUCCCACCCGCUUCUCCUCCCCCUUCACCGGUUAUGCCAUGGUCUCCGCAGUCGACAUCCUCACCGCUCAGGUGCGUCUCUCCUCUGUGGCCGACCGACUUGCGUCUUUCGGCGGCGUCCGCGCCGUGCUCGCCGAGCUGGCCCUCUUCUGGCAGAGCGCGAGACACCAUCAGGCGCUCGUGCUGCAGCGGAUCCAGUACCUGGGCGAGCGGGCGCGCGCCCAGGAACCGGGCGGGGCGGGCGCUAUCGGGUUCAAGACUGCGGGCGCGGCGACCGGGGCUUGGGAGAAAGACGCAGUGGCGGAGAUGAGAGAACCGCUGGAGAAGAUGUUUGCUAGGGAUUUUGAUUGUAUCUAUGCUUAAGAUGGGGGGAAAUCUUGGGUUGGGGACGGUAGUUAACGAUAUCUUUUGUGUGCUUUUAGCGGGUGUUGUGUUAUGUAUACCUAUCUAUCUAUCAUUGGGAUUGUACCAUGGUUAUGGCGAAAGGAUGGGUAGGAUAUACUUGUACGAAUUCUUAUAUGUACAUGACUUGGUAGCAAUAAGAUGAACGAAUGAAUAUAUGAAUACUCGC